UUCCGCCACAGUGACCCGCACCUUGCUUUGUUUGCGUUUCAAUUGGAUCCCCCACUUCUAGCGUAGUAAACUUCAAAGCUUCAAAGCUUCAUCGUUAAUGUGACAACCGCAACUUUCCAUAUAAUCCCCUUCGCCGCGUUCCCUCUUUCCAUCAUGGCCCCACACACCGUUUCUCCGAUUUCCAACGUGUUACCCAUGAAAGCCGCACUUCAGUUUGACAACGCGGAAGGCUUUGGAGAGUGGCGAAUCUACAUAUCUACAAGAGCCAAUCGAGACUUGCGAGAUGCGAGAUGUCGAGAUCCAAAAUUGUUUACUAUCAUUGUAAAGAAGAUCAAGGAACUAUCAAACGGGCAUUUCUCCGAUGAUAACCAGAAACGACUCAACCAUUCUGCGGUUGAAGUGCCGAUCUUUGAAGCGAAGAUGACGAGAGAUACGCGUCUUGUUUAUCAAGUUGACUGUGUGCCGGAAGACGAGAACCGAGAACGUCAAACCCUCAAAAUAUUUGGAAUCUACACCCACGCGCAGUUGGACAAACGUCUAUGGUCAUCUCUAGGCAACCACCUCGCUCGUAACGGCAAAGAAUAUCGAAGACGCGUCACUUAUCGAACUCGGCCUCUGGUUGACCGCGAUAACGUCUAUUUUCCUGCUUCGUUUCCGCCUGUGGAGAGAGAGGAGCAGGAAGAUGGGAGUCAGUUGCCGGUGUUGCCGAAGGAAGAUUUGGAAGAGCUUCAUUCGCUUCUGGUACUGGAAAAGUUUGUUCCCUUCACCCACACUCUCUUGUCAUGUAUUCUUGCCGAUCUGGAUGUCUCCUAUGUUCCCAAGUUAUCUGUGGAGGAAGAAGAGAUCGUUCGUCACUCUCAAUCCUGUUAUGUUCUUGGCCGUAGCGGGACGGGAAAAACUGCUACCAUGAUGUGGAAAAUGUUCGGAAUUGAGAGAGCCUACCAACAGAUGACCAGCGUUGCCUUUCGACCAAGACAAGUUUUCGUUACCCAAUCUCGGUCUCUGGCUAUCCGUGUUGAAGAGUCAUUUUUAAAACUUACAAAGGCUCUUACAACUCAAGGGAAAACCAACAAAGAACUCGUUCAACUUGCUAGAAUCAAUCAGGAGACACAGGAGGAAUGUCUGGUGGAUCAAGAUGAGGAAGAGGAGUACCGGAGCACGCUACCCACGAGGUUCAGUGAACUCAAGGACGAACAUUUCCCGCUUUUUGUUACUUUUGAUAAGUUAUGUAAACUCCUGGAAGCUGACGUUUUCGGUUCAGAACACCGCGCCCGCCCCGUUCAACCUCCUGGUGCUCUCCCUUCGGAUGCCGUGGAACAAAGUACGGGGGUUUUGAUCACGUAUGAGGUGUUCUUGGAAAGGUAUUGGCCUCAUUUUUCUCAGAGCCUUACAAAAGGGUUGGACCCUUCGCUCGUAUUUAGUGAAAUCAUGGGCGUAAUCAAAGGUUCUGAAGAAGCCUGUCGUUCCGAAGACCGAUAUCUCUCACGCGAUGCGUACGAACACCUGAGUAUCAGGAUGCAAGCCACGUUUGCUACUCAACGGUCCCGUGUAUACGAAUUGUUUGAGCAGUACCUUCGGCAAAAGCGGUUAAAUGGAGAUUUUGAUUCUGCGGAUCGAACACACAAGUUACUCGCGGCGUUCAAAAAUGGGACACCUCCGGCUCUUGGUCAGCGGUUUGAUUAUCUAUGCGUCGACGAGGUUCAGGACAAUCUUUUGAUUGACACUCUACUCAUGCGACUCCUGUGUCGCAACCCAACUGGCUUAUUCUGGGCCGGGGAUACGGCACAAACAAUUUCCGUUGGGAGCUCGUUCCGGUUUAACGACCUGAAAUCGUUUUUAUACCGACUUGAGGAAGAAAGCUUCAAAGAUGAACCUGGGAUGUCAACUCGUUCAUCCGAACCGGUGACUUUUCAACUUACCACCAAUUACCGAUCGCAUUCGGGUAUAUUGAACUGUGCUCAUACGGUCAUUGAACUUAUCGUCAAGUUUUGGCCGUAUUCGAUUGAUGUUUUAAAACCUGGGAAAGGGUUGGUGGACGGUAUUAAGCCGGUGUUUUUUAGAGGAUGGGAUCAGUCCAAUGUUCGUUAUGAGCAGUUUCUGUUUAAAGCUUCAAGCGGAAAUUACAUCGAGUUUGGUGCUAAACAGUGUAUCCUAGUUCGCAAUGAAGCUGCUCGCGAAAAGCUUCGACAACACGUAGGCGAUAUUGGCCUUAUCAUGACGCUCUAUGAAUCGAAAGGGCUGGAAUUUGACGAUGUACUCCUCUUCGACUUUUUCGAAGAUUCUGCCGUCGACCUAAGUCAAUGGAGAGUUGUCCUCAAUCUCAUCCCUCCCAGCGAUCGGAACUUCAUCUCCGCUCCUCGUUUUGAAGAAACUCAACAUGCUGGUGUAAACAGUGAGCUCAAGUUUCUCUACGUUGCUAUCACUAGAGCACGUAAAAACAUGUGGAUUGUCGACAGGUCUGGUAGAGGUGAACCAAUGCGACUCCUUUGGGCAAGCAGAGACCAAAUCGAAGACUGCACACCCGAGACAGGCGUUCCCGAUUUAGCAGUUUCCUCCACCUCGUCGGAAUGGGCAGAAACUGCACGAGCGUUAUUCGACCGCAAACAGUUCUUCCACGCCAUGAAAUGUUACGAAAAAGCCUCUAUGAAACGAGAAACUAUGAUCUCCGAAGCCUAUCAUCUCCGACUCUUGGCUCGACGACUCCCCAAAUCCACGCGUAAAGGCGAAAUCGCGACAAGGGCUCUUGCGUUUCGGAAAGCUGCUCAAGCAUUUUUGGACUGUGUGGACGUUACGAAAAAGGGGUCCAAGGAUCGGUUGACGUAUUAUCGGAAUGCAGCUGAGGCUUUCGAAACGGCGGAGGAUUUUAAAGUUGCUGCGGAGACGUAUGUUUUGGCUGGGGAGUUUGGGAUUGCUGGCUUGCUUUAUCGUCAACAUGGGUUCUUUGAUGAAGCUGUGGAUGUCGUAAAGCGGUAUCGGUCUCGUAUGGCGGAAGACACAGCUGAGUCUAUCAUAUUCGUGGCUCGGCUGUACUACUUCCGAGAGAACAAGUUGCGGGCUGCUAACGAACUAUUCGAUUCCGUUGAAGAAGAGCUGGAGUUUUGCGAAGACUACGACCUUGACGUUGCCAAGGCAUCCCUUCUAGAAGCCAUAGGGGAUGUGGCCGGUGCAGCGCAACUGCACAUGGAAGAAGGUCGGAUAAUGGAGGCUAUUACCCUUCUCUUGAAGGACACGGAUAGCGAAACGUCUCAGGCCAAAGCUGCAGAUUACAUUCUGGAUGGUUUUUGGGGACUUGGACUAUUUGGAUCUUCGGCUGAGAAGUUUACGAAUGACGUUCGAGUAAAGAAGCUUCUUGGGUUGGUAGGAAAAAUAAACGCUCAAAAGCUCACGUUGAAUCAACAGGAAGAGCUCGAAAUGUUCCGAGCGAUAUUCGAGAACCAGAAAUCACCCCUCGAACGACUCGGUCUCGCAUUUCACAAGAAGAAACAACAUCAUUCUGCCUUGUUGUGUCUCGACCAAAGGUUCACUCAUUUUCCGAACAUCCAAGUCAUGAAUGCGGUGGAGAUCACACCAGUCCUAAAACUGUUCACCACUUAUGCCAGUUUACUUUCCGACAUUGCUUCGAGAUCCGACGCUUGUAGUCUUCCAGAAGUACAACAUCUGUUCAAUUUCAAGAUGACGACGCAGAACGUUUUCCUUCUCGCGCCUGGCUCCUACUUGCACUCUGCAGUGCUGAACGGCCCUACCCGCAUCAUUUCCUCUUCAGAUGAAGGGAUAUCUGUGACCUACGCUGACCUACUCCACUGUUUACAUCACGAGUUGAAGUUCCGGGCGCGGAGUCGAAUCUUGGAAGAAAAUCUGGCUUGUUGGAAUGCUCAAGCGUUCAUACCACCUUGCCUGGCUCAUACCAUUCUUGGGUUGUGUAAUAGGAUGGAUUGUCGGCGGCCUCAUAUCGAGAAAGGCGAUUUGACACCCGAGAGGUAUAACGCUCAGAUACGAAUCUACUUACAGCAAUUUCUCAUCCUCCGGUCAUUCCCAUUAUCCGGAGAGGGAGAUGAGCAACGGAUCAAACGUCGGGAAUGGAUGGAUGGAUUUUUCCAAGUGCUCUAUCCGCCUUACCACACACUCGGCAGUGUAUCGUGUCUACGAGCGUCUUCUAUUCCUGAAGCACGACGUGGGAUGCAAGUACUCAAGUACUGGUCCCAAGACACCCUCGAAAAGGCUGUUCCUCCUUCAGCUGCCCAACUCCGAUUCUUCUUGACUCGGGUCUCGAGAGCUGCGAAUAUCGCACUUUCGUUCGGCGAAGACGGUCAAACAUCGUAUGUUUACAAUUCAAAGGCAGCCACUACAUGUGCCUCCCUUCCGGUUUACCGUCGAGUGACACCGAAUGGAUUUACAAAGGAUCUCUUCCGAGAUUAUCUAUGUACAAUACGGGUUACGGAGAAGACGUCCAUCAUUCAUGGUUUUAAUUUUGUGAAGCACAUAGUUAAUACCAAGAUACCCUUCGAUAUCGGCAUGUUGUGCGAUGUGGUUGAUCUCACCUGUGCAGCGCUCAUCGUUGCUCGGACUCCUACACCUUUCCAUAACCUCACCAUGCCACGAAGCUGGUUCUUGAUGCUCUUCCCCAAGUUGGAUCCUGCGAGUAGGGUGGAUGUCAUUCCACCAUUGGAGAUGGUCAAUCUCAUUGGGCAAAUAUUGAACGUCGUUCACGCAGGACUUGGAGAGUUCCUCAGCUUCGAAGGCCAUGACUUGCUACACUCCACCAGUGUGAGGAAUGUACUUGUUGCUCGGCUAUGUCGUGCUAUCUGUUUUCUCGGCUACAACGAAAGAUGUGCUGGAAUCCACCGCCUCCGUAUAAUCGAGAUCCUUAACAAGCUUCGUACUGUUGACCAGCGGUUUCGUGUACAUCCCAUCUUCGCCAAGUAUGCUGACGCUCGAAAAUGGGGAGAGGUCGCCCGCAUGAUCCAUACUCCCGAAACGGAUUCACCGAUGGAUCGUAUCAUCACCUUGAGCAGCCGAGGGGAAGCCAGAGAAAAGCCAGGGCAUAGCAUUAUCGUCUGCCCCGACUUCAAGCAAAUUCCUUUCCUCCUCGGCCAACCUGCUCCGUUCACCUCAAAGCUGCGAGCUGACGCACCAAAAUUCGUUCCAAGUUUCGCUCAGCCGUCGAUUAACUCAACUGCCGCUCCAACCGAGCCUGCAGAGGAAGUCGAGGUCGAGGAUCAGGACGAAGAUGUCAGAGUGGUGGAGGACGAUCCUCAGGAUGUGGUAGAACUUUCCAAGGAGGAAGAGGCUGAAGAGUCGAAUGCUCGUCCACGCACGGAGGAAGAGAUUUCGGCAGUCAUUACGAUCCAGCAGGCGUAUAGACGAAUUCGCCGACACAGGCAACCUUCUUCGAAUGCUCGAGUUGCUGCUUUCUUCAAAGUUGCUCAAGCUGAAGCGUCAUCCAUUCCGUGGAAAAGUAAUCGCUACCGUUUCCUGUUGCUUGGUGCUAUACCACACGCUAUGGUGUGUUUGGAUACUAUUGAUGGAUGGGCGAAGGCUCAGAAACUGAAGAACAAGAAGAAGUUUGCGAAAGGGAGUCAUGAAGAUAUUGAGACGAAUGGAAAGGCGUUAACGGGAGUCGUUCAAUUCCUCAAAACUAUCCGGGAACUGAAAUCAAAACUCGAACCCAAAAGCAAAUUUCACAAGGGAAGGGAUAUCGUUCAGUUGAAGAACCAUGUACGUGAGCUAAAAGACCUCUUCUCACGGGUACACGCUACGCAUCCUGGCGUACUCAACGAGGUGAACGAUGAUCUGUCGGUUGUGGUGCAAAGUGUCCUGGUAGGACCUGUGAAGCCAGUAGAGGCGCCGAAGGUCAAUCCACCCCUCAACACCGAAGAUUUAGAUUGAUGGUUGCGUUACCUUUUCGCUGUCUCUUGAAUCAAUCUAGCUAUGUAGGAAUGUACGUCUAUGAUACUGGUUGUAAUAUACAAUGCCCUCAUCUCGCCAGAGUACGAUUUGAUAUGUUUCAC